UAUCUCUUGAGGCUUGGAACAAGACGGGCUCCGGUGCAGGAGGUGACUUAAGAUCGAAGUGCGCGUUAUGAUUUUUUAAAAUUAAGUGUUUUUUCUAUAGAAGUUCACCAUGCAGCUAAAUUUAUUUUAUUUAUUUGUACAUAGUCUUGGGAUUAUUUUAUUGUGUACUUCAUCAACCUUUGGGAUUCAAAAUCCAAAAACACCUUCUCUAAUUAAUAAAUACGACUUAACAUGCAGAGAUAUUGAAAUCCCACCAAUAAAAAAUGCAAAUGGACUUAAAAAGAUAAUAAAUAAGACUGACUUCAUUUCUUACAUGGUAGUUAAAUAUGUGUGUCAUGAUGGAUUUAUACUUAAAAAUGAACAUAUUGCAAAAAUGUUUUGUAAAGAUCAAAAAUGGAGAGGAAUUAAACCUGUAUGCAGCCAAAAAAAACUUUAUGAUAAAGAUAUAGAUGAAUGCAAUACUAAUAACGGAGGGUGUCACGAAAAGUGCAUAAACACACGGGGUUCUUUCAAAUGUACGUGCCCAUCAGGUUUCCGUCUUAAUUCGGACAGAAAAUCCUGCGAAGAUAUUAACGAAUGUUACCUUAGAAAUGGACAUGGUCCUUGCCAGGAUACCUGUCACAAUACACAUGGUGGUUAUAAGUGCAGUUGUGAGAAUCUUAAGGGUACACGAUUGGCUAAUGAUAAUCACACGUGCAGUGAUAUAAAUAAAUGCACUGGAGGGGGUUCAGGAUGUUCGCAUAGUUGUAUUAAUGCUCAUGGAAAGGAGUUUUGCACUUGCCCUGAUGGCAUGAAAUUGGGAAAUGAUUGGAAAACAUGUAAAGAUAUUAAUGAAUGUACGGACCCAAAAAUUAUUAAAAGCUGCAAAUUUGGAUGUGUAAACUUUAUAGGAUCAUACGUAUGCACAAAUACCGACUUAAUGUUAUCAGAUGAGCCCCAAACAGAUAACGAAACAGUUAACGAAGAAGAUUAUGAAGAAGAAGACUACGAAGACAGUGAAGAUUACGAAGAAGAUUAUGAAGAAGAUAGCAAAAAAGAAAACGAAGCCCAAAAGGAGAACGAAAAUACAAAAGAAAGUGAACAAGAAAUUACGUAUGAAAAUGAAAAAAUCACUAAAGAUACUGCAAUACCCAUAACAACAGCAGGUUCUGAUAGUAAAGAUAAAAACAUUAAAAGCAUUUUGACAACACAAGCAAGCAUAGAUAUGGAUACUGUAAGCCCCAUUUCUUCUACAACUGUAUUUACAACUACAACAACCAAAAACGCAUUGAACACCAAAAGUGAGGAACGGGAUCCAGAUGAUUACGAAGGUGAAGAUUACAAUGAAGAAGAUUAUGAAGAUGAAUAUGAUGAGGAAGAAAAAGAAACGUCUAUUAAAAAUGUGCCUAAAUGGGAAGAUAAUAUACCUGUUCCUUCACAAGAUAAUAUUUUAAUAGAAACUAACAUCACCCAUACAGCCAGUUCUAGUUCUCAAAAAGAGACUAAAGAAGAAAUUCCGAAAUUUGACGAUGAUUAUGAUGAAGAAAUUAGCACGAAAAUAAAAAGUGAUUUAUCACCUCUGGAAUCUACUAGCACCACAACUCAAAUUCCAACACCAAGUUCGUCUUAUGUACAAAUUGUUACUGAGCCAAAUUUGUUAACAACUACAUCAACUGGGGGUCCAAUUUCCGAAGUAUAUGAUAAAGUAAAUAAAGAAAGUAAAGAAAAAGAACAGGAAAAGGAAUACGACGAAUACGAAAAAAAUGAAUCUAAAGAGGUAACAACAACUACUAGCAUUACAACAGUAAUUACGCAGUUAUCUACUAAUAUAACAACUACAUCAACAGAAGGUCCUAUACCUGAAGUAUACAAUGCAAUAAAAAAAGAAGGUGAAGAUAAAUCUGAUAAAAAUAAAGAAGAUUAUGAUAUGACUACAACUAGUGCCACUACCAGCACCAGUACUAAAACGAAUUCUCCAAUAACAGUACAACCAACAUCCGAUAUAUUAGGACCUACAACAGAUUAUAAACCACAUCAAAAAAUUGAUUAUGAAGAAGGUUCGGACUAUGAGGAAGAAGACGAAUUUGAUGAAGAUUACGAAGAAGAAACUAAAAUCAAUAAACCAAAUCUUCCAUAUAAUAAUAAUAAUGAAAAUAAGAAAUGCAAUCCAGGUUUUCAGUUAAGUGCUAAAGGGGAAUGCAAUGAUAUUGAUGAAUGUAAAGAAGGUCUUCAUAAAUGUUCAGACUUUUGUGUUAACACUCCUGGUGGUUACGGGUGCAACUGCCCUGAUGGUUACGAGAUAUCCAAAGAAGACCCAUACACCUGCGAAGAUAAAAACGAGUGUCUGGAUAAUCCCUGCUCUCACGAAUGCGUCAAUGAAGAUGGCACCUUUAGAUGCACAUGUCCUACCACGCUGACCUUACAAGGCACCAAAUGCGUAAACCAAACAUGUUCCCAUGGCGAAACAAGGAUUAAUAACGUCAUCAAAUGCACAUGCCCUGAAGGUUUUGUUUUGGGGCCAGAUGGUCGAACUUGCGAAGAUAUCGAUGAAUGUAUGUCGCAAAACUAUUGCGCACAAUUGUGCUUAAAUUCUAUCGGCUCAUACGAAUGCAAAUGUGAUGCUGGUUUUGAAUUACACAGCGAUGGAAGAACGUGUUUGGAUAUUGACGAGUGCCAGGGAAAUCAUGGAUGCCCUCAGACAUGUAAAAACGAAUUGGGUGGCUUUAAAUGUGUGUGUAAAGAAGGUUUUGCAUUUGACAAAGAUUCGAAUAAAUGCAUUGAUAUUGAUGAGUGCAAAGAAAGAAAUAUGUGCCAGCAAAUUUGCGAGAAUUAUGAGGGUGGUUACGAGUGUUUGUGUCAUCCGGGAUACACAUUGGCCGGAGAUGAUUCCAAUUGUGUUGAUGUAGACGAAUGUCUACUUAACAAUGGUAAUUGUAGCCAAAAAUGUGUUAACACGAAUGGAACAUUUCACUGCAAUUGCCAUGAUGAUUUUGCUUUAGACAAAGAUAAUAAUACAUGCAUUUCAACCGACCCAUGUGCUAAUGAUAAUGGAGGUUGCUCAUAUAAAUGUGUAAAUAAGAACGGUGUCGCUGAAUGUAUGUGUCCGGAUAAUUUUGAGUUAAAACAAAAAAAUUGCGUUCUUAUCAACCAAUGUACCAUUAAUAACGGUAACUGUUCACAUUAUUGCGAAUUUAUAGAUGCCCAAGUUCAAUGUUUGUGUCCAGAAAAUCAUAUUUUGGAAGGCAAUACAUGUAUAGAAAAAAAUCUUUGCCUUGAAAAUAAUGGCGGUUGUUCCCAUUUGUGUUCUUUUGAAAAUCAUACAAUAACAUGUAUGUGUCCGAAUACCCAUGAAAUGCAUAAUAAAACUCACUGCAAUGAAAAAAAUCCUUGUCUUAUAGAAAAUGGUGGUUGUUCUGAUUACUGUAACCAUUCUGAAGGAAAAAUAGUAUGUAGCUGCCCAGAAAAUUAUUAUUUGGAAGGUAAAACUUGUUAUAAAAUAGACCCGUGUCUAACAAAUAAUGGUGGUUGCUCACAUGAAUGCAAUUUCAAUGAGAUGAAUGAUGUUGUUUGUUUAUGUCCAAAAAACUAUAACUUGGUUAAUAAAACUUGCUACCUUAACGACCCAUGUGCUGUAAAUAAUGGGAAUUGUACGCAUCUAUGUAUAAACUCAAAUGGCAUAUCAAGCUGUAAAUGUCCCGAGGGUUGGAAUCUAAAAAAUAUAACUCAUUGUGAGCAAGAAGACGCGUGUAGGAUGGAAAAUGGAGGUUGCUCUGAUAUCUGUGAAUCUAUUAAAGGAAAACCAAAAUGCUCAUGCCCCGAUAAAUAUAUUUUAAAAGACGAAAUAAAUUGUGUUUUAAGAGAUCCAUGCAGCAUUAAUAAUGGCGAUUGUUCGCAUAUAUGUUCCAACAUUGACUACAAAGCAAUUUGCUCUUGCCCGGAACAUUUAAUAUUAAAUAACUCAAUGAAUUGUAUUGAAUUGGAUCCUUGUAAUGAAAAUAAUGGGGGUUGUUCUCAUACAUGCAUAAGUAAAAAUAAUGUUAUGGAAUGUUCUUGUCCUCAAAAUUAUACGUUAAAGGAUAAAAAUUGUGUGCAAAAAAACGAUUGUUUUAUAAACAAUGGAGGCUGCUCUCAUAAAUGCGAAGUAAUCGACGAAAAAAUACAAUGUUUUUGUCCUGAUCGUUUUAAUUUAAUUAAUAACACUGUAUGUGUAGAAGUCAAUCCUUGCCUAAUUAAUAACGGCGGGUGUUCGCAUGAAUGCGUUUCAGAGGGUUCUGAAGCGUAUUGUCUCUGUCCGGAAAACUACGAACUAAAAGAAAAACAAUGCAUUAUGAUUAAUCCAUGUAACGAUAAAAACGGUGGAUGUUCACACGUGUGCAACAGUAUAAACGGACAAGUUAUCUGCAAGUGCCCGCCAGGAUACGAAUUAAUAAAUAAAACAUGCUUUAAAGUUAAUCCUUGUUUGCUCAACAAUGGAGGUUGCUCUCAUAGAUGUGAGAAUAUAGAUGGAAAAGCCACUUGUGUUUGCCCCCCUGGAUACCACUUGUAUGGCAAAACUUGUUUAGAUGAAGAUCCUUGCACAAAAGCUAAUGGGGGAUGUUCUCAUUACUGUCACAAUAAAGAUGGUAAACGAGAAUGUUCCUGUCCAUCUGGAUACAUUUUAAGACCCAAUAGACGCAUAUGCAAAGAAGUUAAUGAAUGUCGCAUUAACAGAGGCGGAUGCUCUCAUGGAUGUAAGAAUUUACCAGGUAGCUUUGAAUGUUCUUGUCCCAUUGGUUAUAAAUUAGAAUCAAAUGGCAAAAAUUGUACUGAUAUUAACGAAUGCUUAAAGAAUAAAGGAAACUGUACAGGACAAUGUACAAAUUAUCAAGGCGGCUACAGGUGCGAGUGUGACCCUGGUUAUGUUUUACAAAGAGAUAGACAUACAUGUAAACAAGUAUUUUCUUUCAAAAGCUGUAGAAUAACAACUCCACCACAAUUUGGACUUUUAAAAUGCAAAAAUAUUGAUAGAAUGGAUUAUGGGUCCAUAGUUCCUGUAGGAACUGAAUGUAAUACUUGGUGUAAAGAAGGUUACAAGUUAAGUGGAAAUGCUUUAACUGUUUGCAAAAAUGAUGGUACCUGGGGUACAGAAAGGGCAUACUGUAUACCUGCAACAUGUCCUCAAUUACCAACUAUUAAAAAUGGGUGGUUUGUGCCAGGCGUAUGUAAUACAGGAAAAGUGUAUCCUGGUGAAUCUUGUCAUACAUAUUGUCGUAAAGGAUACAAACCUAAUCAUUCUGUAACAUCAUUUUUAUGUGACGAAAAUAUGUCUUGGCAACCAUUGCUAUCUUUAGAACAGUUAGAUUCGGCUUGUAUUAGAGAUAUUCCACAAACCUAUAUCAAAUGUCCUGGAAAUGGUCAAAUAAGUUUUAAUCUUCCUUUUGGACGAAAGCAUAUGAUAGUUCAAAUUCCUAGACCAGAAUCAAAUGUUGAUUGGAGAACAGACGUUUCCUCAAAUCCAUCAUGGGGAAUGGAUCUAAAAACAACAUUGCCCUCAGGUCGUACAGAACUAACAUUCUAUGCUCACACGCCUGGAACUAGAAAUAGUACAACAUCUUGUCAUUUAACUAUUAAUGUAAAUGAUAAAGAAAAUCCUAGGAUGUACAAUUGUCCUCAAAACAUCGAAACCGUAUUGGAGCGUGGACAAUCUUCCAAAUUGAUUCAUUGGGAGGAACCUAAAUUUGAAGAUAAUGUUGCCGUUGCUACCGUUUACAAAUCAAGAGAACCUGAAACUGAGUUUGGAAAAGGCUUGCACCAUGUUAACUAUGUAGCUAGCGAUGAUGCUGGAAAUAGAGCUUUUUGCCAUUUUACAGUCAACGUUAAAGAAGCAAUAGAAUCCCGAAUCUCCAAUACAUUACCUGUAGAGCCAUUUGAUCAUAGAGGUGAAAGGUACAGGGCUGUUUUAAUAUGCCCUAGUGGAGUACAAUACAUGUCCAACUCACCAGAUAAUUAUGAUAAUAUGAUAACCAGUGAGGCUGGUUGUAAUUGGCGUCAUAUAAGAGUUACAAAACCUAUAGAACCUCAAAAUUACAGUGUUACCAAAGUUUUGGAUAAAAGUAGAAUGCCAACCCAUGUGAAACAUAGACGUAGAUAUUUUACUUGGAGAAGAUAAAUUAAAACAAAAUUAUAUUGCUAUUAAUGUAAAAAUCGUUUAAUAACAUUUUAAUAUGUAAAUUAUUUUAGACCGUAUAAAUGUUUAUUUAUAAAUCAGGUUUAAACUACUUUAAAAUACUCUACAUUCAUAACAUGUUUAAUAAAAG